UUGGAGGCUUGUUUAUAUUCAUAUGAUGCCACUAAUCCUUAUCCUGGAUUUCAUUUCAUGGAUUUAUGUCCAUCCGUUGAAAGUGCUCAUCAUUUAAUCAAGCCGAAAAAACUAUCGAUCAACCAAACAAUCAAAAAUAAUUCACUGAGAAAUUUAGUUCUGGAUCAUCCGGAAAAUUAUGUAUCAGAUAAUUGGACUGAUUUGCGAAACUUGUUAAUCAAGUAUCCGAAAUUGAAAAAUCUCGCAAUUAGAGGCGAUUAUGGGCUUGAUGAUUCUAAUUUGACGGAAUUACUUGACCUUAUACCCGAAAUUGUUAUUCUUGAUCUUCGCCAGUCAACCAGAUUAUCGGAAAAAUCGAAAGAUAUUGUUAAUCGAUAUUGUCAAAGGAAGAAUAGAGAAAUUUGGUUCUACAAUAGGCCCGAUCAACGUAUCGAACACGAUUGGCCUGAACUUGCAUCUCAAACUAAUCAACGAAUCUGUCAAGGGUUCGAUUUCAUGAGAAAUUGUUUUCUUAAAACAUUUCAACAACUUCCUUAUCUUAUUGAUCCAAUCGAAGAUGAUUAAUUGUAUUAAAACAAAACGAAAUGUUGAUUAAGAUGAAGAUAAUUCUAGAAAUUGGUAACUUGAUCACAAUUCUGUUCUGUAAUCAACUAUUGAUUCCCUCACUAAUCAUGAUAGCUGAAAGAUAGUUCAUCUAGAGAUGAAGAUCUCAAUGAGGAGGGAGAAUGGGAGCCGAGAAAAAAAGGCUUCUCUCAUGUCAAUAAAUAGAAGAUGAUAGAAGAUUAAUUCUUUGAGUCCGUUUUCAUCAGCAUGAUUAAUGACACCUUAUUACGAUUUCUUUACCAAAAAUCUAAUCAAUCGGGUGAAAAAUCAAUCAAUAAUAUAAUUAACAGUAUCAUUUACCCAUAAGAAAAG